AUGAACGAAAAAGACCGCACCUUUACUCGAUAUCGCGAGUUCGUGGAUCAGGUGAAAAGCAAGAAUCGGAGCAGCACCUUCGACCUCAAAAAGUGGCUGGCCAGCACCAGACCCCUGAAGGAGCCUUCUUUCGCGCCGCCCUUUCCGCCGGUCGUUCAGGCAGUUUCUGUCAAGCCCAAAGUCGGCGAGGUCCACACAAACUUUGGCUUCAAGACGACUGAAAGUGAACAACGCUUGGACAAAGAGGACGAAGAGAGCCUGGUUGACUUGAGUAUCAACCUACCGAGCUCCAACGACUCGUUGGCAAAGUUUCUGGACGGUCAAAUUCGCCCAGCAGACUCCUCAAUUAAAGAAGAUGGCAACGGCAAAUCUACUCCUUUAUAA